GCUCUACGUCUCAUUGCCCAAAGUUCCCCUGUUGUAUAAAUGCCAUUGAGUUACAAACUGAGAGUAUCAGAAGCUGAGAUUUAUGCUGCCAUCAGAUGUCAGAGAUGGGGUCCUGCCUGCCUCACCUUUCUCCCCAGUUGCUGCUCUCUCUUCUGGGUUGGAGUCUGAGCUGCUGUCCUUUCUUGGGAGCAGCAGUCUCUCCAUCUUCAGGGCCCCGUGUCAGGCCCAGCUACAGUUUUGGCCGGACUUUUUUGGGACUUGAUAAAUGCAAUGCCUGCAUUGGGACAUCAAUUUGCAAGAAAUUCUUUAAAGAAGAAAUAAGGUUUGACAGCUGGCUUUCUUCCAAUUUAAAACUCCCUCCCAACUACCUCUCCUGCUACUCUGGGAACUACUCUGAUGAUUCCAAAAGUUGGCGGCCAGUUGAGAUCUCCAGAUUAACCACAAAAUAUCAGCACGACCAAUCUGACAAGAGAAUUUGUACUUCCCUUAUCCACACUAAGAGCUGCAGUAUUGAGAGAGCCUUAUGGAAGACAGAAAGGUUUCAGAAAUGGCUGAAAGCAAAACGCCUCACCCCUGACUUGGUUCAGGGUCUGCAUACACCAAUGCUCCGUUGUCCAUCUCAGCGACUCCUAGACCGAAUAGUGCGCCGAUAUGCUGAAGUACCAGAUGCAGGGAGCAUUUUCAUGGACCAUUUCACAGACCGGGAUAAACUGCGCCUUCUCUACACACUGUCAGUUAAUGCUCAUCCCAUCAUGUUACAGAUUUUUCCUGGAGCAGAAGGCUGGCCAUUUCCAAAAUACUUGGGGUCCUGUGGUCGGUUGAUAGUUACUACCAGCACCAGACCCCUGAAGGCUUUCUACGGCACAACGCCUGAAGUGGCAGCAGAUUUGGCUCUUCAGCUCCUUGCUAUCCUUGAGUCCAUGGCAAAUAAUGAUCUGAGCUAUUUCUUCUACUUUACUCAUGUCGAUACUGGCACGUUUGGCGUUUUCAGUGAUGGACAUCUGUUCAUCCGAGAUGCCAGCACUCUGGGAGUCAUUGACAAGCAGGAAGGUAGCCAAUGGAUGGAUGGACAAGAGGAAGAGAAGGAUAUUUUUAGUUGCUUGGUGACCAAUUGCCAAUCUGUGGUCCCCUCCUGUAAUUCCAUCAAGCAUACCCAGAGCCUCAGCAUAGUGUGCGCAGAACUUCUAUCUAAGCUCUUAAAAAAAACGUUUCUAUCUCCUGUGCAAAAGAAGAUCGACGAGGCUCUGAAUAUCUGUGCAGACAGCUCUCUCACCAACGAAGAGAUUGUCCUGGCAGCUCAGGAGCUAGUUGGCGUUUUGAAACCUCUAAGGACCUGUGAUUCCCAUUUUACCUACCGCUAUCCUGACUGCAAAUAUAGUGUCAAUCCCUGAAGAAAAUGUUUUGCUGGGAUCUCAAAGCUAUUCUCCACAUGUCUCUCCUGCCUUUUGAAGUUACAAGAACUGGAAUUAUUCAGUCCACAGGGACAUGAACACUUUUCCACUCUGCUAAUGUACCAUGGCCACACUUUGUAGCUCGGUUGGGUUAGCAGUUUUCAAAAGCUCUCAAAGUUAGCUUCGUAGCACCUAUGUGGCAAUGCAGGACCCUGAGCCACUUAUUUAUUUUCUAUGUUCUAACACCUCUUGUUUACUUCACCCAAAUGUACAGUAUUGCUUGCAUACAAGCUAGUUGCUGCAGACCAUGGCAUUUCUAGAUUUUUUUCCCAGAAGUGCAUUGGGCCAAAGAUACAAUUUUAGUUAUUUUUACUGAGUCAGCUGCAUAGAGAGCAAUUAUUGAAUAACUAUCAAAUGACUUUCCUGAUUGCUGGCUGGAAAUUGAAUCUUUUGUCUUUUUCAGGAAAGCAGAGACUUACUAGGAAUUGCCAUUAUUUUGGGUCACUCUUUUUUCCCCAGCUGUAGUGGUAAGUUAGGUUUGUAGCCAAGUAUGGAUUUGACUAAUUUUCUGUUUGAGAUCAUGAUUUGCAUCUCUAUUAUUUCUGGGUUGAUUUUUGGGGAUCAAUAGUUUACAGGAGGCUACUUGGGCUUCACCAUCUGGUUGCUUUCACUUCACCUUCUUUUACCACAGGUACAUUAAAUCUUCUUGUUCUCUAGUCUA